AUGACCGACGCCUCCGCCCUAGCCGCCGCCGUCCUCGACGCCGCCACGCCCCCGGCCGCCGUCGCCGCCACCUCCUCCGUGCUCGACUACCUCGCCCGUCACGCCGCCGACCACCCGCGCGCCUUCUUCGCCGACGCCUUCCCCUCACUCCUCUACCGCCUCUUCGUCUCCUCCCCUUCCUCCCCCUCCUUCAUCGACCUCGCCGCCGCCGACCCCGACCUCGCCACCCUCCUCCUCAACCUCCUCGCCCCCUCCGGCCCGCUCCUCGCCGCGGCCGCCUCCGCCGACCGCCUCGCCCUCAUCCGCUUCGUCUUCCCCUCCGAGCGCCUCCCCUACUGGCUCCGCGUCGCCCUCGCCGAGGACCCCUCCCCCGGCCUCCCCCUCGCCUCCCCUCUCCUCGCCGCCCGCGUCGGCUCCGACCUCCACCUCUCCGUCUUCGAGUACUACCUCUUCUGGUUCGCAUACUACCCCGUCUCCUCCGCCGAUCCCGCCGCCUCCGCCUCCGCCUCAAACCCCACCCACAAAUCGCGCUCCCGCAUCGAGUCCUGGGUCUCCACCCUCGCGCCCACGCCCACCGCCGCCGGCACACACAAGCCUGGGAACAAGCCGGAGCCAUGCCUAUACCUCAAACUCCUCUACGCCUACCUCAGGGACUUCGUGCCCACAGCCGCGUCCACGCCGCCGCUGCGCCGCCCAAGCGGCACCCUCCUCCAGCGCACUGCCAGCGAGCAAACGGCCGCUGAGGCAGACCCGUUCGCCCGCGCUGAGUUCUUCCUCCACACGCUCAUCCAGUUCUGGCUCGUCGGGGACGACUUCUCGCCGCUGCCCGUGCAGACAUACCGCGCCUUCGGCCUCAAGCUGCCCUCCCGGGCUCGAGCCCAGCUAAGUGACCAGCCGCCGUCACCUGGGCUCGGGGAUGCGGUUAAGCUGCUCAUCAUGUAUCUCAACUGCUGUGCCCGCAGCCCAGAUACGCGCAUGGUGGUCUCCUCUGAUAGCCAGGUUGGCUUUUGGAAUCCCCUCAUACAGAGGCCUAUGUACCGCUUUGUGCUGAGGGCCUUCUUGUUCUGCCCCAUUGGUGCGGUGGUCAAGAACGCCACACAGGUCUUCUCCGUGUGGCUCGCGUACAUGGAGCCAUGGAAGCUUACGCAAGAGGAGCUGGAUGAAUAUGAUGUGUCGCUCAUGAACAACAGGACGGAAACGCAACAGGCUGGAGUGCCAAAAAAGGAGAAGCUCAUGUAUACUCCGGCGUGGAACAACUAUGUGAUGUCCAAUUACCUCUUCUAUAGCUCCAUGGUGGUGCAUUUCCUGGGCUUCGCACACAAGUUUAUCCAUUCAGACGUCUCCUCAGUGCUCCUCAUGAUCUUAAAGGUAUUAGAGGUCUUGUCCUCCUCCUCAGAACUGGCAGAUCUUCUAUAUAAAGUGGAUGUCGCCUAUCACUCUAGACCGUCAUGUUCUUCAGAAUCAGAUGAUGUAGUGAAGUUUGUGCCAUCAAUCCGUGAACAGCUAAAGGACUGGGAGGAUGGUUUGACAGAAACUGAUGCAGAUGGGUCUUUCUUGCAUGAGAAUAGGAACUCUGAUCUAAGACUUUUCAGUUCUGGUGAGGAUGGUGCUUAUCAUCUGCUUCAGCUCCUCUUGAUCCGAGCAGAGUUGGAGAUACAACGUCUGCCCGGUGACACAUCAUCAGCUCUCCAGUCGCUGGAUUUGAUAAAAUCGCGCAUGAAAAAGAUUUUCCAGGGCCGAAUCGAAGGCGCCCACCACAAAAACACCUCGCUAGACGAGUCACAGCAGCAGCACCCGGGGCGUGGCGAGAUUUUUACACCUAAGCAUCCCGUUUUGGGCAGGAGUAAAUUUAGUGAAGUGAAGUAUAGAGGGGACUGGAUGAAGAGACCCAUCUCAGAGACUGAAGUGGCGUGGCUCGCCCGGAUCCUGAUCCGCGUGUCUGACUGGCUGAAUGACGCCCUCCGACUUGGCUGUGACGAUGGUGCUGAUGAUAGCUCAGCUAGGCCAACUUACAUCAAGUUUGACCGCAGUGAGCUGGCGACGAUAGGUGGGCCAAAGGAUGCUGCGAGGAUGGCUCUUGUGGCUGUUUGUUCACUGCUCGCCUUGGUGGGACAAGCUCUGCUCAAAUUUAUGAGGGCGCAUAGGGUGAAGAUCAACCUGAGGGUUUUUGCUUCCAAGAAGUUGCUGGCGGGUCUUGUGUUGCUGUAUGCGGUGGUGGCAGGGACGAGGAGUGCUUUCUCUUGAGCUUUUUUACCUGUGUUGCCCUGAGAAUCGCUGAAGCUCCCAGGUUUCGAUUCCGGAAGAUGAUGAGGCGGCAUAUGCUGUACAGGAACUCCAUAGGACAUGAGGGGACUUACACAGAGAGAUGUGAUGGGUGUCGCCCUGUGUUUGCAGAGAGCAAGUUAGUUGACCCUGCCUUGCCGUAGAAGGGUGUGGUUGGCAAUACGGCGGCACCUGUGCGAAUGGAAAGAAAAAAAAUGUUGUUCAUGUAAACGAUGUAAUACAGGGUUUUUAUCUAGUCCGCAAAAAAGGAAAAGAAAAAACUCGGUUCGUGUCUUUCU